CCGCUGGCGACCACACCUCCUUGGGAUAAGGAAACCUAGAACCUCCGCCCUACAUAGUACCACAAGCUUCAAUGACACGCUACGAAAAUAGAGGGAGACCACGAACCAUUGUAAUGAAUAUCCGCCGAGAGGAAAGUCGAGGUUGAGAUGAUAGGUGUGAAUUUCGCUAGGCGCCGUCCGGCUCCCCGAAACACAUGUCCGGGUUCUGGGUUACUUCUAUCCCCAACCACACAAAUGCUACCGCCGCUCUUCGACAAUGCUUCAUGCAGUGGUCAACUUCUUUCGUGAACGGAAACAUGGGCUUACACGAACCGCGACAUAUCUCGGGGGUGCAUAUCUUGCUGGUCGAUAUGUGGUCGGACAACUGGAAGAAGUGCGAGAGAAGGUGAUGCAGGAACGGCUGGCCAGAGAGAAGUAAGUUUUGAGAAUCUACGACGUCGCUUUGAACAGAACCAACAAGAUACCUUGUUCACCAUUAUGGCUCUCCUUCCAACGCUUGGAGGCCUUAUACUGGAUGGUAUGGACGUUGAAGGUAUCACACAGGAACUGCAGUCUCAGUCUAGGGCCUCAAAGUCUUCUUCCGAAGAGAAUGUUGCUCUCCCGCAACUUCCUCGGGCUGCGCCCCAAGACGGCCAGGAGCACGAUACCCGUUCUGAAAAUGGCUCUGUUUCCGUGAUCUCAGCACCUGGCCAAGAGGACAGUGCUACAUCCUCUGAACUUGCUGCAUCCUCCAACAGCUGGGUGGACCAGUUCUCUUCAGUGGCCUCCUCGCAGGGAUUGAAUAACCAAACGCCGUCGAGCGCUGACUCCAACGCUCGUUCUGAAUCCCCAAAGUCCAAUGUCGGGAGCAACUUGUCAGAUUCUAUCAUGACAGAUAGUUCAGCAGUCAGCUACGACAAUGCUUUAGUGCAGCCAACAGGACAACCUACCUUGCAAGUCCCUAAAACCAAAGCUGAAUUAUGGCGUGAGGUCAAGAUGCUCACCUUCACACGGACGCUUACCAUACUAUACUCGACUACCUUGCUAUCAUUAUUCACACAUAUCCAGCUUAGCAUCCUAGGUCGAUCCAAGUACAUCCAAUCAAUUGUGCAACUCGCGCAUGAUGAACGUAUGCGUGAGCAAUGGCAGGAUAGCAUGUCACUCACUUCUUUGCUUUGGGGCGGUUCGGACAUGGAGGGUCUGCCGACGGAAGACGAUAUGCAAGAAGUGGAGGUCAUUACCGAGGAAACCGAGAGGAAGUAUCUGACUCUUAGUUGGUGGAUUCUUCACGUAGGCUGGAAGGAUGUUGGCGAAAGGGUGCGAAAAGGCGUUGAAGAAGUGUUUGAGAGUGUUUCUCUCAAGACCAAGUUCAGCGCAAAUGAGCUGUUCGGACUUGUCAGUGACGUCCGUCGUAGGGUUGAAUUUGAGGUGACAUUUGAAGGCAAGGAGCGCCGAAUAAACUUCGCGUCAACCCUCCUUCCUCCUACGCCUGAGACCCUGCAUCACGUUCUCUUACAAGGCGGCAUCCCAUCACGACAAGCGUCCGCACCUGAUGCCACCUUCCAGAGUCUCCUUGCAGAGACUCGCACUCAUCUGACAUCGGCUUCUUUCGAGAGAGUGCUCGAGGUUUGCUUGGAUCGAGCGACAGAUAUGCUGUUCGAUGAUCUUGAAAAGAAUGUAUUUCACGAAAACGAACCAAAGAGUGGUAUAACCGGUUGGGAAGAAGCAACAGCUUCCCUGGGGCCAGAAACGAAAGUUCGCUUGGCUGGCAUGUUGCCCGGACUGGCGAGAUGGUGUCACUCGGCGGUAGAAGGCUUACCAAACGAGUUGGUUGAUGUAUGUUCUACUUUCCUUACUUUGAGAGUGCUCGUCCUGAUGAUCCGUUGUGUCACCUUGUAGGGCCUGGGUAGUGUUCGAGAAGUUAAUGCGUUCUCUGCUAUUAUCUAUUCAAGUUACGAAGAUCGCUUUCGUUAAUAUGAUUCCAUCUACAUGAAGUCUGAAUCUUUGAAUGCUGGGAAAGUCCCUAGCCUAUGGUACUACCUGUCUAACGGUCUGAGAAAGUUGCGUCAUAUUGAGUCAGUACGGUUCCGAGGCGCAGACCACAGCUUUAGCCGCGAGAGUUUUGCUUGUAUUGGCAAGACAACUUGAUAUAGCAUUCGAUGCUGGGGACAGAACGCAUCAGUAUUUAAG